AUGACUACCGAGUUGGACUUACUCUCCUCUUUCAACACGGGCGAUUCUUCGUCUAAGGUAACUACCUCAUCUGCGUAUAAACAAAGACUAUCUAAAGAUAUUUCGAGAACAGAAGAAUUCAUAAGGCAGGCUGACGCCGCAAUUUUAAAAUUAGAAAAGGGAGAAGAUCUUCAGCAGCAGAAAGAAAGCGAUAUUCUUAACACAAAAAAGAGAGUAAUUGCCCAGUACGAAGCCUUUAGCAGGUUGGCUUACUUCCCAGAUAAGAAUGAUGUAAUAGGGACGGCUACUGCAUACAGUGUCACACAGUCACUAGUAAGAGAACAGAAGGAGAUCUUAAGCAGCUGGAGAUCUGAAACACGGGCGAAUAAAGUAGAAAGUGGCUACUUGCAGAUGAUACUAGACGACUAUCAGCAAUUGAGUGGCUUAAUAGAUAGUGAGAUCGAGAGGAAGCAAGAGAGACUAGAAGCCUUGGAUUCCAAAAUAGGCAAUUUGGAGAAGCUUCGCAGCAGCCUAAGUGAGGAUAGUGACACAUUAGAAAGAAGAGCAGCAGAGAAGAGAUCACAGUCUGUAGACAAGUUAAAAUUAGAAGCUAGAGGUGCGGAUAGGAAGGUCAGUUCAUAUUUAAAGUAUAUAAUGAUAGAAAGCAGCAAGAAUCAUGGUACUGAUAUAGAUGCUGGACUGCAGUUUAUACGGCAGUUGGUGGAAGGAAGGACUAGCCAACUGGAUGAAUCUGCAGCAAACAGUGAAGUCGAUGGCGGCUGGGUGGAGUCUCCACCAGAUGGUUUGAACGAGCUCAUAAAAAUAUUAGUAUUGAAUGAUGUAGUGAUCCAGCAUGAACUCGGCGAUACUGUCUUUUACAAGUUGAGGGACUAUGGAACAAUCAAUUAA